AUGGGCGACAUCCGCAACACCGAGAGAGACAGCAACGUCAUCGCCCUUGUUGAGGCCAUCUUGGGACACAAGAUCGACAGCCAGCCGGGCUCUUCGUCCCAGAGCACUCUGGAAGAUUAUGAAGAUCUUGUCGACAUGAGCAAAGACCACGACUUCAGCAAGGAGGGCCCUCGCCCCGACUCUCCACCCAAGAAUCCCUGCGUUGGUGCCGUCAACCCGUACGCCCUGGCCGAGGCCCUCAUUGGCCGCAAGAUGGACCGCCACUCCAUGGCCGCUGCUCAAAUCCUUCAGAAUGUCCUUCAGACCGACUACGAUGAGCUCUUCGACAUGCGCCAUCGCUCCGUUCUGUUUGCGGGCAUGAAGCUCAAUGAGAAGGAGCGCAAGGCUGAGAUGUACGACGAGAAGGACAUGAAGAUCCUCAACGAGAAGGAUCUUCAGACUCCUGACUUUUCUGGUGUUCGUCGCCUGGACGAUCUUGAGAAAGUCGGACUUAAGGACCUCAAGGAAACCAGAGUCAAGGUUGCUCGCAUGCAGAACGGAAAACUCCGCCUGGUUCUUCAUGCCCAUGACCUCGGCAAGACUGUCUCCAACCGCGAGGUUACCAUGUCCAUCAACGAGCUCGUUACUCCCUUCAGAAUGCAGAAGGGCCGCUGGCAGCCACCAAAUGCCUCGUGGCGAGACAUGUAUGACUACUUCUUCCAAAGCGUCAACAAGCGACUGAUCUCCGAUAUUACCAUGUUCCGCAUUGGUGAUCGUCGCGAGACCGUCCGCAACUUUGACGAUCCCACUCAGGGAUGCUCCAGCAACUCUUGGUUCGUCGCCGCCCUGUUCUCCGUCUUCUGGUCGGACCCCUGCGCCAUCAACCGCGCCACUCGCGUCCACACUCACGGCAACGCGAAGAAGCGUUUCUUGUCCAUCAAGUUCCACGACAAGGGCGGUAAGCAGAACAACCGCACCGAGACCGUCGAUGUCAACUAUGAGAUCCCAAUCAAUAACUCGGACAACGAGCCGCUUUACUGCCGCUCCAGCGACGGCGCAGACAUCUGGCCCUCGCUGUACGAGAAGGCCUUCGCCAAGUGGAUUACUGGUACCAGCUCAGAGCAGCCCGACAUCACCCAGACUCACUGUGGUGACCCCAUCAAGGCUAUGGCCCAGAUCAACGGCCGCACCCCUCACUACUACAUGUGCGACAACCACUCCUCGCAAACCCUCCUUGGCCUGGUCCGCUCCAACAGUGUCAACAACAAGACCAUCAACCCCAUGACGGCCUACACCUACGCCACUGGCCGCGAGUUCCACGGCGCCAACAUUGUUGCCAACCACGCCUACUCCGUUCUCGGAUACUGCGUCCUGGGCGACAAGCAGUACAUCGUCCUGCGCAACCCAUGGGGUGUUACCGAGCCCCAGGGCCUCACCAGCUACACUGGUCUCCUCGGCCGUCUUGACCCCGAGAUCUGGAACCCCGCCACCCUCCUCGACCACGGAGGUCUGUUCGCCCUCGAGGCCGACUCCUUCAAGAAGUGCUUCUCUUGCGUUGGUGUUGCCAAGUAA